AUGGCCAAAUUUAGCAUCGUGAGGUCCCUGCUAGCAUUUUAUGCAAUAGCGCUACAAUCAAUCAUAUGUCUGGAUGCAUUUUUUUGUGACUUCGCAAAUCCAGAUGGGUUGCUCAGUGGCAAUGCUCUGUCCAGCUGUCACAUGGAUGUCGACUUAUUAGGUACCGGAACUGUUGUAUGCCCACGCCAAGUUAAUGGCAUCGAAUAUGUCUGGCAUCCUCAACCAGCAGUGGGUGAUGAGACACUUAACGUAUACGUGAGUGAUGAUGGCAAGCUUCGUUCCGUUGCUUUUUCGGACGUAGUGGUAACUGAAGAACCACUAACCUUCGUUUUCCUGGACUCAAUGCGGAAGACGACGGAAAUGUUUUUUGAAUUUCCAAUACAUGAUAUAUAUGCCAUUACUGCGAAUCGUCUGAUCUUCAUUUGCGGUCCACAAGAUUUGGUUCUGAGUGCUGCACUGCAGAGUAUUCUGGGUGGUCUCAAGAGUGCCAACCAAACUCAGGAAUUCCCUUGGACUACAGCCACGCCAUUGGUUCAGGAGAUAUCGAAGAUAGGGAAGGGGUUGGGUGCUGUGUUCUUGAACAGAGACCGCCGGCAUCUACCGCUGCAAGGCUGUGGUAGCCGCCCCUCGCCACUAUUCGCUCUGGAUAAUGAGGUUACUGUAGACCCUAUAACCGGAACACGUUCAUGCGUGGCAAAUCCUAUGUCUCUAUCACGUAUCGGGUUUGUUUGCGACGGUCGUCUUGAACCCAGUGAUUGCACGAAAUCCCUCUUAGACAACAAUGGAGGAGUUGUUACUGUUCCUCCACCGCGUUAUUAUAGGUCUUUCCAUUUCAAUCAGCCCUGGGUUGUAGCGAAUUAUUAUCACGAACUAGCAUUACCGCCCGUCAAUGGCGAAUGCAGGUGCGUAGAUUCCGAAACGGGUCAGGUAAAGGCCAAAAUAGAGAUCCGCUCAAAAACUGAGUACAUCUGUGACAUUUCCAGCAUGAUCGAACGCAACCGUGCAAGUCCUAUCAGUGGUCCUUGGUGUUCGGUUGUCCUCCAUCCGGGAAGCACCUUGACCAUACGGUUCCCAAUAAUAGGUGUAGAUGCGAACUCUGACGAGGACCCCUCUCAACAGCCAUCUACCUAUGAAUACGAAGCUGAAUUUCUGCCGAAGGACUUGGCGACACUCCGCCAACUGAACAGAUAUUACGACUUUGAUAUCUACGACGAAGUCUCAUACCACAAAAUCCUUGCUGGCGACGCCCUCGAGUUGGAUGUUUCACAAAUGUAUCGUGGGGAGAUAAAACUGAAGUACCAUUUGGACAAACCUCUCUCAUCACAAAGAAGGGAUGCGUCAUUCAUUUAUCAUUUGACUUUAACGUCUAAGGACGAAAGUGUCCAGGACCGGUUGCGCGCCGUAGUGAACGUCUCCUUUGCGUUUACGCAUCGCUACAAGAUGAUCGGCUGCGACCGAGGAACACACAGCGUCUUCGAUACAGACAUGAGCAAAAAGUAUUGCUCAACGAAACAGAUGGGAAAUGGUGUAGGGAAUACAUAUGAAUGCAUCUAUGAUAAAAGUAUUGUUGACAGUCAUGGCGGCAUUCGUUGCGGCGACAACGAGGAUCUGUUACCAGGAAAUUGCGAGUCCGCAGUAUACGACCUUCACUCUAAUAGUAUUAUACCAUUUCCGUCAGCUUUGCGCAAUGUAACUCCGUACUCUAUUCGGGGGUUCAAGGCAUUAGAAAUGGAAUACCAAACUAGCCCUUCCAGUUAUGCUUGCAUAUGUGUCGACCAACGUGGAUACGAAAAGUCGAGGCUUAUAUCAGAGUACAACUUUACAGAAUACCGUUGUUACAAUGUGCGACGCGAAGAAGAUAUUCAAACGUCACUCCCAAACCUAUCUCUGCCUUGGAGUGAUGUCGGGUUAUCGAACGCAGGAUCUCCAUCACCAAAGCCGCUUGUGCUUCACUAUAUACCACAAAAAAACAUCACAAUACAAGUGGGUACAGAGUUCAACAUGGUUUGUGAAAUGGAUCCCAGCGCUAUUCCCUACAGUGCGAUGUUGAAUAAAAAUGCCCGUAAUGUGGAUCUAACAACUACAUGGUUGCCAAAGAGACCUGAGGAGUUUUAUUACACCGUUAUACAUACGCCGCAUGGGCCUGAGCUGAUACGUAGAACUUAUAGAGAGUCUUUUGCUACUACUCCAGGGGGAUUGGAAAUCGUUUAUCAUGAAGAAUCGGUGAAACCUGAAUAUAAAAAACUGACCAUUACAUCUCGUAGAAGCGCUAUUCUUAUAUCUAAGGAUCGAUUUUACAAGAAACACGUGCCAAUGACAUUUGUCUGCGGUAAGGCUCCUAAGGAAACAGAUGUCUCCAUCAUAACACGUAAAUCAUCUGCAAGGUCAGGGUCAUCUGCUCGGUAUACGUGGCACAUGGUCCAAGUAAACGUCGAGACAACGGACCCGUAUAUGCAGGGCUGCGGCGUCACAGACGAAUCAGAUGAGCUGUUCAAGCCUGAUACGCCUCCACUCUACGACUCUGACGGGCAGCCUCAGUUCGGCUGCAAGAUCGAUAUCCAAGCUGCCAAUGAAGCCGCGUUCUACUGCCCAGCGCCGUACGUCCUGGACCCACCCAACUGCUUCAGCCAAGUAUUAGUGGACGGUGAAGUAAGGAACUUGAGCGAACUCAGUAAUUCGCUGGUAUCGUCUCUAUCCAACCACUUCGUCAUCCUCAGUUUUGAUGGUUCUCUUGUAGGAACUGGGGAGACACUGGGCCAGACGCCUCCGUUGGAGUGCCGGUGCGUCACCACAAAGGGUGUCAUCCUCUCAACCAUACAGAUCGAAAACUACUACUCAAAGUAA